AGCUGAUUUGUAGAGGCACUUCAGGGCUCGACUUGUUUCUCAUUAAAGAAAAAGAAAUGGCUUCUUUCCUAGCUCUUCUCUGCUUUGGCCUGUCUCAAUUUUUGAUGUUCCAAUUCAUGGCUGCCUCUGAUCCGACAAAAGGGUUUGUUUCCUUACCCUUCAAUACAUCUGUUUACCGCAUUCAAAGGCCAUACGAUAAGAAAGAAAAUCAGCGAUACAGCUUCAAGAACGGAGUUCACAAAUUUUGGGUUUUUGCCAAUGAUAAACCUCACACCACAACUAGCCACACAAAGCCGAGGACUGAGCUUGCUGUCCAAGGAUACGUUUACUCCUCGGGAGUAUGGGAAUUUGCAGCAGAUGCAUAUGUUCCGAAAGGGACAUCAGGUGUGACCAUAAUGCAAGUAUUCGGGGCCACUGCACCUCAUGCCUCAACUCUCAUGCUCAGAGUUUACAAUGGCGCUCUCAAGUACUAUCAAGACAAUGUUUUGGUUGGCAACGUCUACAAUCGAUGGUUCCAUGUAAAUGUUGUACACGAUGUCGAUGCUGCAAAAGUAAUGGUGUACAUAGAUGGACAACUCAAGCUGACAGCAGAUGGUCGCGGUGGAGAUUCUCAUUACUUCAAAUGCGGUGUUUAUGCACAAACCAGUGAUUCAUUUCGCAUGGAGUCCCGGUGGAAGAAUAUCCAAGUUUUACGGCACAAUUGAUAAAUUAUCUGUUGAAAUUGUAAUGUUGUACUUAAUUAUAGCCAUCUAUAUAUGUAAUGCAUUUUAUUGUUUGAAA